AUGGAGGCUGCCGUGUCCACCGAUGACUUUCCAACGUGUGAGUCAAUUAGGUUAUCACAAAGCGUUGACAAAAAUGGUGAGAGAACUCUUGCUGUGGUGACCAAGUCAGAUAAGUCUCCAGAAGGGCUUUUGGAAAAGGUAACUUCUAAUGAUGUUAAUAUAGGAUUAGGGUUUGUUUGUGUUAGAAAUAGAGUUGGUCAAGAAUCUUAUGAAGAAGCUCGUUUCAAGGAAGCUAAGCUUUUUGAAACACAUUCUUUGCUUUCUAUGAUUGAUAAAUCUAUUGUUGGAAUUCCUGUUUUGUCCCAAAAACUCAUGCAAAUUCAAGCUACAAGUAUAUCUCGAAACUUACCUGAUAUAGUCAAGAAAAUUAAUGACAAGUUGAGUCAUAACAUUGUUGAGUUUAAAUCACUUCCUAGGGCUUUGACUUCUGUGCCUGAAGCUAUGAGUGCUUUGAUGAAGAUCAUAGGUGGAGUCAAAGAGUCAUUAAGGAAAGUUUUGUUGAGAGGAGAAUAUUUUGAUGAGUUUCCUAAUGAUAAGAAAAUGCAUUGUAAAGCUAGGUUGGUUGAGAUGGUCAAUGGUUUUUCGGAUGAGCUUAAGAAGUGUCCAGAGAGUGAUCCGACUCGAAAUUUCUUAAUGGAUGAGAUUAAACACUUGGAAGAAGCUAAAGAAAUUUCUCUUCCUAACUUUCUUCCUAAGAAUAUAUUUCUCUCUAUACUAAAAGAAAAGGAUAAUGGGAUUUCGAGUAUUCCUAAGGCUUUUGUGGAGAAGCUAUUUGGUUAUGUGGAAGAAGUUGUUAUGAGUGUUUUGAUGAGCCAUGUUCGACACUAUUACCAGCUUCAAAUCUCAGCGAAAAUAGCUGGGCUUAAUUUGAUUGAGAACAUGAUAGAGAAUUCAAUGAAGUGGGUUAUGGAGAUUGUGGAGAUGGAGAAAUUAACUGAUUAUACUUGUAACCCCGAAUUCGAAACCGAAUACAAUAAGCUCAUGGCUCAAAAGGAUGCGUUCAUGAAGAAUCUCCACUUGUACAAUUCUAUGACUAUUGAGCGUGUUGGUUCGGUUGACUUGGUCAAACCAAGGAAUUCUCCUCAUUUGUUAGAUCAAGCUUUUGACUUGAGGAUGAGAUUGGUGGCUUAUUGGAGCAUUGUACAGAGAAGGCUUGUUGACUCAAUGGCUCUACAUUUGCAAUUGAGUGUUCAUAGGCUUGUGGAUGAGCAUUUGGAAAGGGAGCUUGUGAGUCAAAUUAUGGCUCCAAAUGGGAAUUUGGAGAGAAUGUUAGAAGAGUCACCUUUGGUUGCUUCAAAGCGUGCCAAGUUGGAAGGGAGCAUCAAAAAGCUUAAGGAAUGCAAGGAAAUCUUGGCUCAAAUCAUGGACCGAACUCAUGAUCAGUGCUAG